UUUUUUUUUAAAAAAAAACGAAUAAAUAAUUUAUAAUUCUUAUUAUUAUACUACUUUUCUGCCAAAAUAUGUAUGAUUGUCGUGUUAUAGUUGGUAUCGAAUUCGGAGCCACACAUUCUGGGUUUGGAUAUGCAAAUAUAUCUUCAACGGAAGACAUUUCUUUUUAUAAUCAGUGGAGCGAACGUCUGAGAACCAUUAGAGUCCCAACAGUAUUAUCAUACGAUGAUGAAUAUGAAAAUGUGCAAUCAUGGGGAUAUCCAGCGUUAGAAAGUAGUCAUGUUGAAUUAUUUAAAUUUCUUUUAGGAGAAAUGGAAAAUAAACCUCCUUUACCCCGUGAAAAGGCUAUUUCUGAUUAUCUCCAUGAAUUGAGCAAAAUCGUGAAAGAAAAGAUAUGUAGGCGUUGGGAAUCAAUAGAUUUUUAUAAUCAAGUUCUUAUUAUCUUAACGAUUCCGGAUAAUUAUAAAAUCUCAACUUGGGAUAUGAGAGAAUAUGCUUUUAAAGCAGGAUUAUUGAAUGAUUGUUAUAGUCAGAACUUUAAACUUAUAACAGAAUCUGAAGCUACUGCCCUUUUUUGUAUUAAAUAUUUGAGGAAGUGUAAUUUAUCAGCUGGAGAAAAAUUUAUGGUAGUAGAAUGUGGUGAUAGUACAAUAAAUUUAACAACAAGGAUGCUAUUAAUAGAUGAAAAAUUAAGUGUAGUAUUGGAACAAAUUGAAGAUAAUUGUGCCGUAGAACAAGAAUUACUUAAAUUUUUAGAACAAAAAAUUGGAUCAUCUGCGGUUAGUCUUCUUAGAAAGCAUCAGCCACAACAACUCCAAUAUUUACAAAGUGCUAUUAAAUCUUUCUUGACGGAAUUUACCGGAACUCAAUCAGAAUCUAGUCUUAUUGAAUUUGAUUUGAAAGAACAUUGUCCUUCUAUAACAGAAUAUUGUGAAGGAGAAUAUCAUGAUAAUAUGGUUAGAGAUGAUUGGCGUAUCAAAUUAGAAUUUGAAGAUGUUAAAGCAAUGGUUGAUCCUGUUAUAGAAAGGACUAUACAACUAAUUGAUUCUCAAUUACACUUACGUAAUAAUGAUUGUUUUGCUUUAUCAUUGGUUGGUAAAUUUGCAAAAUCAAUUUAUUUUCAAUUAAGAAUUGGAGAAACAUUUAAUAAAAGAGUUCAAUUUAUUUCUGUACCACUUCAUCCCGAAAGUGCUAUAAUGAGAGGAGCUGUUCUAUAUGGUCAGAAUUAUGUUAAUAUGAGUGACAAUGAUAAUAUUAUUGAGAAUAUACAGUUUCAUUUAUCACAAACUAUUAAAAGACUUGAUGAAGAAAAGAAAAAACUUCAAGAAGAUUAUAAUGAUUUAACAAACAAAUACAAUGAAGAGGCGAAUCAACAUCAAAUAACUGUUGAAAAUUUAAAAAAUGAUAUUGAAGGAUUGGAAACCCAUAUUGAAGAUAUUAAUCAACUACAUCAAACCAGAAUUAAGUUACAAGAACAAAGAGAAAGUCAAAUGCAAAAUAAACUUCAAGAUGAAAUUCAAACAUUAAAUAAUAAUCUGAAUGAAUACAAAUUGUUAUAUGGAAACUUGCAAGAAAAACAUGGUGAUUUAACAAACAAAUACAAUGAGGAUGCAAAUCAACAUCAAAUAAUUGUUGAAAAACUUAAAAGUGAUAUCAAAGAUACUGAAGAAAAAUAUUUAAAGAAUAUUCAAGAAUUAGAAAAUCAGAUUAAUGAUAUUAAUCAACAAUAUCAAAACAAAAUCAAGUUGCAAGAACAAAGAGAAAGUCAAAUGCAAAAUAAACUUCAAGAAGAAAUUCAAACAUUAAAUAAUAAUUUUAAUGACCAUAAACUAUUAUAUAAUGAUUUGCAAGAAAAUUAUAAUGAUUUAACAAACAAAUACAGUAAAGAGGCAAAUCAACAUCAGAUAAUUGUUGAAAAUUUAAAUAAUGAUAUCAAGAAAUUGGAAAACCAGAUUGAAGAUAUUAAUCAACAAUAUC